CUCACUCUCAGUGGUCACCCUGACCCAGAGGAGAGGACUGAAGUGGAGCCAAGCCCUUCAAUGGUGGUGGUGGGGUUGGUGGUCUACGGAGUCGGACCCUCCCAAGAACCACUCACUCUUUCUCAACUCUUUUUCCAAUAAAUACCAACAACAAUAAUGCCACCAUACCAACCGCCUGCCUGCCUGCCUGCCUCUUUUCCCGAUAAUAUUCUCUCUCUCUCUCUCCCUCCAGACUGACUCUAUAGUCGAUACUGUCUGCACACACAUAUAUACUACUACGUAUAUAUAUAUACUCUCUCUCACUCAGUUUCACACAGGAAGGAAAGGAAUUAAGGAAUCUGAAGGAAGGAAGGUGUUGCUUUCACAGAAGAGAGCAGAGAAGAGAAAAGAAGCGAAGAAGGUAGCUAGAAUGAGCAGCAGGCGAAUGGUUGGUUUCAGCCCCGAGGCCAUAUACGCCAAGCACCGCGGCGUCGGCGCUGAUGAUGCCGACAAAAUUGGAGAACACAAGGCGGAGAGAUCAUCGUCGGUGCUCAAAGUUUGGAUUUUUAAAAUCCCUAGACGCUCGAGUUUCUCGCCGGCGAGUUUGUUCCGGAAGGUGAAGGGAGCUCUCCCACCCUUGACCACGGGCCACAGCCCCAGUCCCAGUCCAAGGAGAAGAUGCUCCCGGAAAGUCUCUUCUGCGAGCUUGGUCAGGUCGCAGUCGUACGCGGAGACCCCCGCCCGCCUCGACUCUCAGAGGGCUGAAGCCAUUGAAGAUUGCAUCGAGUUCUUGAACUCCUCCUCCUCCUCCUCUUCUUCCCUCCUGCAGUUGCAGAGAUCCAAUUCCAUCUCCAGCUCCUGCUAGGAAGAAAUCCCUU